GCAACAUAAACAAGCAAUUUUGUACCAGUCUUAAUUUAUUUUGUUCCGCGAUUAUCAUUCAAGUUUAUAAGAGUAAAAAUCGUUUUUUUGUGUUUCGUGUUGUGCAUAACGAUUUCGGAAUGCAAAAGAAACCCACCCGCCGGGACUGCUUCAUUCCGGGAUGCCUAUCGCAGAUGGGUCAAGUGGUGUUUAUGAGUGCAUACAAAUCGGAUGGCCUGCAGAGCUGGUGGAGCGAAACAGCUUGGGCACAGAAACGCAAAAAUAAACAGAUCCCCAAAAAUUCACGAGUUUGCGAAAAGCAUUUCGAAGAGAAGUACAUUGAUCGUAGUUACAAAAUGCCUCGUUUGUUUCCGGAAGCGUGGCCCACAAUGCAUGUCGAAUCGCCGAAGCCCGAGGAGCUAAUAGGUAGACCAAAGGCCGAGAGAAGCGGUGGUGUUAAGCUGGAAACAAAUCCUCGAAUUUACUGUAGGUUGUGUGGUAGAAAGGACAAGCGCCCGUUGGAGAACCAGCUGGAUCAGUUGAAGGAUGGGGAGGCAUUUUUAAAAUAUUGUCUGGGACAGUACUACACGAAAGACUAUUUUCCGCAGGGAAUUUGUGAGAAUUGUAUGGAAACAGCAGAGUAUGUGUUGAAUUUUGUAAAGCAAUGCGAGCAGACGCAGCACCGUCUUGAAAGGAUUUUUGUUCCCCGAGAAUCGCUAAAAGUAGAAACACCUUACGAGCUUCUGGAGAAUAUAAGUUUGAAACAGGAGAAAGAAGAGGAUUCGGAAUACGUUGAUGAACCGCCGGAAAGUCCAAAGGCACUCAAUGUUAAACCGGAAACAUUCAUUUUGACGGAAAACGGAUCUGAAGAUGAGGAUUAUAUGGCCGCGGAAGAUGAACGGGCCGUAUCGUCAGACUCAGUACAAUCUGAUGAAGAGAUUAAACCUAAUGUUGCUACCGAUGAUUCUAGUACCACUGCACUGAAAGCGUCUCGCUCCAGAGUGAGUUAUGACAGCGAUUCGGGAAGCGACACCGAUGAUAAAUAUUCACUGAAGCGUAAAUAUAAGAAUAAGCCUGGGCCAAAACCCAGAAAAGCAAAAGAAAACUCGGAGAUUAUUGAUGAGCUUCCUGCUUCCGAUCAGGAAAGCGACUCGGGAAAACCAAUACGUCAACCUAAACAGAAACGGGAGAGAUCGUCAACCGGAGCAGGUGAAACAAGCAGAAUUUGUCCAAUCUGUGGGAAGAUCCUUGUACACAAGGGUAAUUUCACAUCUCAUCUGAAAAUCCACAGCGACAAGAAGGACUAUGUAUGCAACAUCUGCGGAAAACAGUAUUACAUCCGACGGGAGUUACAGAUGCACAUCGAAUCGUUGCACGAGAAGAAAACUUUUGUAUGUAACAUUUGCGGAAUCAAAUGUGCCUGGCGAAAGGGUCUCCAGAGACAUAUGAAGAACAAACAUUCGGACGAAAGUUCGCUCAAGCAUAAGUGCACGUACUGUGGAAAGGCAUUUCUUCUACCGAAUCAGCUAAGACUGCAUAUUAUGAAGCACACUGGCGAUAGGAUUACUUGCGACAUUUGCGGCGCUGGCUAUAGAUUCAACUAUAUGCUGACACAACAUAAAAUACGUGAGCACGGCAUGGAGUUCAAAGGCGUUAAACUAUAUAAAACCAGUAGCCGAUCACGUAAAAAUAACGAAUCAAAACAAGCAACGGCAGCUGGUUCUGCAGUUGCUGCGGCUAUUGCCACCAUUACUGAACCGCAGUCUAGCUCAGCACCUCCGAGCUCUGUGGUUCAGAUAGUUGACUCGAAUCACGACUCAUUGCUGUCAUCAGAAUCAUCUCAAUCGCAUCAUAUUCAACAACAGCAGCAGCAGCAACCACCACAACAGUCAGCGCUACAUCAUCAACAGUUGCAGCAGUAUCACCACGUUGCGGCCGCGCAAUUAGAGCGAAUUCACUAUCCGCCUGGGUUCAUCUAUCCGAGCGGGGGAACCCCAGCAAUGAUGCUUCCCCCAGGCGGAUACAGCGGAUAGGAAAUGCGCGGUAAGCGAAAUCCAAUUCAUUUUAUUUG